AAUUUCUAGCAACUUCCGGGGUCUGUUUCGUGUCCGAGUUACCCCUCCGCCCGCGAAAAUUACUUUUCGAACCCGGUUUCUGAGAUUUUUUGUUAAACACACCCACCCGCACAGACAGAGACUUUCUCUCUCUAGACGCUUUCUCUCUCUAAAGUUGAAGAACUUGGACCAGUUUAGAGCGAGAAAGGAAAAGAAAAGGAAAGGAAAGAGAAAAGCAAUUGAGCAAAUCGAGACGAGAGAAUAUUCAAAUCGUGAGGCAGCGAAAAGUGGUGUGCUUUUGUUCGAAUUGAAUUGAAUUGCUUCGUUUCAGAGAGGAUUAGGGUUUGUGAUUCGAAUUGGGAGGAGGGAGGGAGGGAGAGUUUUGGGUUGGGGAUUUAGGGUUUUUGGUGAAGAAUUUGGAGAACAUGGCGGAGGUGGUGCUGCAUAUAUACGAUGUGACGAAUAGUGGAUCGGACAAGACGAAUAGUACCAUUCUGCAGAUCAACAAGAUCUUCAAAGACGGUAUCGGCCUCGGCGGCAUCUUCCACAGCGCCGUUCAGGUUUAUGGAGAGGAUGAAUGGUCAUUUGGGUUCUGUGAACAAGGAUCUGGUGUGUUUAGUUGCCCUUCUGGAAAAAAUCCAAUGUACACAUAUCGUGAAAGCAUCGUCCUUGGGACAACAGAUUGUUCGAUCUUCAAGGUUAACCAAAUCUUGAGGGAACUCAGUAGAGAGUGGCCUGGGUAUUCGUAUGACCUGUUAUCAAAAAACUGCAAUCACUUUUGUGAUGAGCUUUGUGAAAGGCUUGGGGUGCCAAAGCUUCCAGGUUGGGUUAAUCGUUUUGCGCAUGCUGGUGAUGCUGCUAUGGAAGUUGCAGGAAACACUGCAGUACGGUUUAGACAAGCGAAGACAGAGAUUGUUACAGCUAGCAAAGUAGCAUAUCGUUUCCUUGUGGGUGUUACUAAUAACGCCACAGCUUCUCCCGAGUCUGCAGGAAAUUCAAACAGAGGUGCUCCUAGAUUUCAAGCAGCUUGGUUCAAAAACCUAAUCACCACAGGAGCAAAGCCAUCUAGUAGUUCAGAUCUCGAGACCAAGGAAGAAGAUGCACUCCGGCAGCACCAGCAACCAGAUGCAGAGCCGCAGCUGCAGCAGAAUUCUCGGACAUGGCAAAGUAUGUAAUUCCAAGGACACUUUGCCAAUGUGCACUAGUCAAAUCCAAGCAAAGGCCUUCGACGAGUCCACUCGUCGUGUACCAAUGAAAUGAUUUCUUUUGUUUGUUGAACAGAAUUAUGCCCCCCCAUUCAUGUCCCCAAAGAACUGGAAUAUAUUCAUUAGAUUGCUCAGCUGGUAGUUGGUUUCAUUACAUGAUUUGAUAUAUAGCUGAGUUUUCAAGAGAGUUAGGGAAGCUCUGAUAUGGUAUUUGUUGAAUGGUUAAUUGUGCAUAUAAAAUGAUUUUCGCACACCCUUUUCUCAUCA